UCUUUCUCCAACUCCGUUCAUCUACCAUGACCCUUCAAGCUGAUUCAGCACCAGUACCACCACCGCCACCGGAUUCCGCAGCCACCAACGGCAUCUCCCCCACCGCAGAGGAAGCCCCACAACCACUGUCACCACCACCGCCGCAUCCAACCCCACCUCCAGAACUGCGCGUCCCAAUAUGGUGGCCGGAAGACGGGAACCUCAGCAUGGAUUGGGUGGACAACCUGAUGCGGUGCUUCGAUUGGUCCUCUCGGAACGUCCCACCCUCGGAGCUCCCUUCGGUUCUCCCCGUCGGAGUCUUCGAUUCGCUCAUCCUCGUCGCCUCCAAGAUGCUCCACAAGGAGCCCAAUUGCGUCACCGUAGACCCCUUCCGCCCUAGCUCCGAUGAUGAUAACACUCCCUCCGCUGCCUCCUCUGUUGUCGUCGUCGGCGAUGUUCACGGCCAACUGCAUGAUCUGCUCUUCCUCCUCCAAGAUGCCGGGUUCCCCUCGCGGGAUCGCAUCUUUGUCUUCAAUGGGGAUUACGUGGAUCGGGGAGCGUGGGGGCUUGAAACCUUCUUGCUCUUGUUGGCUUGGAAGGUAUUCAUGCCACAUAACAUAUAUUUGCUACGAGGGAAUCACGAAUCAAAAUACUGUACAUCAGUUUAUGGUUUUGAGAAAGAAGUAAUGGUAAAGUAUGGCGAUAAAGGUAAGCAUGUGUACCGGAAAUGUUUGGGGUGCUUUGAAGGUCUUCCUUUGGCUUCUAUAAUAGCAGGGUGUGUAUACACAGCUCAUGGAGGACUUUUCCGCAGUGUAACUGUGACGCCAUCAAAGAGGUUUAAAGGAAAGAAGAACCGUAAGAUUAAUGUUAAUCAUGAGAGCAAAAUUCUCUCUCUUGGUUCCUUGGAAGAAUUGUCUAAGGCUCGGCGAUCAGUUCUGGAUCCUCCUUGGGAAGGCCCAAAUUUGAUUCCUGGUGAUGUUUUGUGGUCCGAUCCAUCAAAAAAUCCUGGUCUUGCUCCAAACAAAGAAAGAGGCAUUGGCUUGAUGUGGGGUCCUGAUUGUACUGAAGAAUUUUUGAAGAAAUACCAACUAAAGUUGAUCAUCAGGUCACACGAAGGUCCUGAUGCUAGGGAAAAAAGGGAUGGUCUUGAGGGAAUGGAUGAAGGUUACACUAUUGAUCAUGUUGUAGAUUCUGGAAAGCUGGUCACUGUUUUUAGUGCUCCAGAUUACCCACAAUUUCAGGCAACACAGGAGAGGUAUAACAACAAAGGCGCCUAUGUUGUCCUUCAACCACCGAAUUUUGAAAAUCCUAUAUUUCAUGGAUUUUCAGCAGUUACUCCAAGGCCGAAGGUGAAUCCCUAUUAUGAUUACAAAGAGGUGAUAGACUCCGAUGAAGAAUUGGAUUUGGCCUCCAUGGUAACUUCCUGAGGAUUUUUUGUGAGAGGAAAAUGAUUUGUCAGAUUUGUAAAAUUGUAUUGUUAUUUUUUGAAAUACAGCUUUUAUCAAUAACAUUAAUUAUUUAUUAUAUUAUCCGAUUUAUUAAGUUUGUGAAAUCAAUUGAUCCUAAAGUAGCUACUGGAUAGUUCAGUUAUGACAAUAUUCUAAACUGAUCUCUGUAACAAUUGUAAAAUUAAGAGUUACAGAAACCUGUUGGUUCUCAAUUCAGUGCAUGUUUUUAGUUAGUUUUCCUUGGUACCA